CGAAGGCGCGCCCUUCCGCCGACAUCUUGGCUCAAGCGGUCCGAUGAGCCUCAGCGGAAACAUCCGGGGAAUCGCGCGCACCUCGGCGGCCAUUGCGGCUCGGCGUGCGGCAGCUUCAUAACCUUGAGAGGGCGGAGCGUCAGCGCGCUGGACGGGAGCAGCAGCGGAGCGGGAGGAGAGACGCCGAGGCGACGGAGAGCUGCAGAAACCGUUACACGGCAGCGCUGCUGUACCUCACCGCUCUAACGGGAGAUCAGGGCGUGUACCGGCGCGUCUAACGGACAAUGAUGAGCGCGGUCGGACGGGAACCCGAGCGGCGGCGGCGGCGUUGAGCGCGUUUUUGAUGUCUGAGGCGGAUCGGCGGGAUCUCUAGCGUUUGGGCGCACCAGCGCGUUUUUUUUCUCGGUUGCUCGCGUCACAUUGACAUUUAUUAUUUGAAGCGGCAGAAUCCCGGAGCGUUGAUUUUCCCUGACAUCAUCAUCAUCAUCAUCAUCAUCGUCGUCGUCGUCGCUCGGUGUGAACGGACAGCUUCGGUGGUCGUCGACGGGAAUCCGGGGGAUUGACAGGAUCCCGGUGUCGCCGCUCGGAUCUGUCGGCGGGAGUAACGGUAACGGUAACGCUAUGGCUGACGACGACGUGCUGUUCGAGGAUGUGUACGAGCUCUGCGAGGUGAUCGGGAAGGGUCCGUUCAGUGUGGUGCGAAGAUGCAUCAACAGAGACACUGGACAGCAGUUCGCUGUGAAGAUUGUAGAUGUGGCCAGUUUCACCUCCAGCCCUGGACUCAGUACAGAGGAUCUGAAGCGGGAGGCGAGUAUCUGUCACAUGCUCAAACAUCCUCACAUCGUGGAGCUGCUGGAGACCUACAGCUCCGACGGGAUGCUUUACAUGGUCUUUGAGUUUAUGGAUGGAGCCGAUCUGUGCUUCGAGAUCGUGAAGAGAGCUGAUGCUGGCUUUGUCUACAGCGAGGCGGUGGCCAGUCACUACAUGCGGCAGAUACUUGAAGCUCUGCGCUACUGCCACGAUAACAACGUCAUACACAGAGACGUCAAGCCUCACUGUGUGCUGCUGGCCUCGAAGGAGAACUCUGCUCCUGUUAAACUGGGCGGCUUCGGCGUGGCGAUUCAGCUGGGCGAGUCAGGGCUGGUGGCUGGAGGUCGGGUAGGGACCCCUCACUUCAUGGCUCCUGAAGUGGUCAAGCGAGAGCCGUACGGGAAGCCGGUGGAUGUUUGGGGUUGCGGGGUCAUUCUCUUCAUCCUGUUGAGCGGCUGUUUGCCUUUUUACGGCACCAAGGAGCGUCUGUUUGAAGCCAUUGUGAAAGGAAAGUACAAGAUGAACCCGCGGCAGUGGAGUCAGAUCUCUGAGAGCGCUAAAGACCUGGUGCGACGCAUGCUAAUGCUGGACCCGGCCGAGAGAAUCACCGUCUAUGAGGCGCUCAACCAUCCCUGGCUCAAGGAGAGAGAUCGCUACUCGUACAAGAUCCACCUGCCCGAGACGGUGGAGCAGCUGAGGAAGUUCAACUCUCGGAGGAAACUGAAGGGCGCCGUCCUCGCUGCCGUCUCGAGUCACAAGUUCAACUCGUUCUACGGCGACCCUCCUGAAGACCUCCACGAUUUCUCAGAGGACCCCACGUCUUCAGGUACGUCCCCCGCGGGGGAAACGACCUCGUGGAGCUCCGUCCAGUCAUUUCUGGAUCUCAGCUGGUUUAUCAGUCACUCUGAAAGUCUAGUGAAGUUUGAGGAGCCUCGCGGUGACCUCUGCAGACCUCAGAUCUCAUAUCUCGCUGCGCUGAGAAAACAGUUCAGUGUUGAACGCCAUCAGAAGCUCUUUGUGUUUAUAAAAACUGCAGGCGCCGUCCUCGCUGCCGUCUCGAGUCACAAGUUCAACUCGUUCUACGGCGACCCUCCUGAAGACCUCCACGAUUUCUCAGAGGACCCCACGUCUUCAGGAACUGAACUGUGUGUGUUUCAGCUCUACGAUAAGAUUAACACCCGCUCAUCGCCCCAGAUCAGGAAUCCGGCCAGCGAUGCCGUGCAGAGAGCCAAAGAGGUGUUGGAUACGCUCUCCUGUUAUCCUGAGAACAUGGAGGCAAAAGAGCUGAAGAGAAUCCUGACACAGCCGCAUUUCAUGGCGCUGCUGCAGACGCACGAUGUUGUGGCUCAUGAGGUUUACAGCGACGAGGCGCUGCGAGUGACACCUCCACCCACGUCCCCUUACCUCAACGGAGACUCGCCCGAGAGCGUCAACGGAGACGUGGACCUGGAGAACGUCACGCGUGUGCGUCUGGUGCAGUUCCAGAAGAACACGGACGAGCCCAUGGGCAUCACUCUGAAGAUGAACGAACUGAACCACUGCAUCGUGGCUAGAAUCAUGCACGGCGGGAUGAUCCACAGACAGGGGACGCUGCACAUUGGAGACGAGAUUCGUGAAAUCAACGGCAUCAGUGUCGCCAAUCAGACGGUGGAGCAGCUCCAGAAGAUGCUGCGGGAGAUGCGAGGCAGCAUCACCUUCAAAAUUGUGCCCAGUUACCGCAGUCAGUCUCUGUCCUGUGAUAAAGAUUCCCCUGAUCUGCCCAGACAGUCUCCUGCGAACGGCCACUCCAGCGUCACCAGCUCCAUCUUAGAUCUGCCAUCAACUAUCCAGCCCAAAGGAAGACAGAUUUACGUUCGAGCGCAGUUCGAGUACGAUCCCGCUAAAGAUGACCUGAUUCCCUGUAAAGAGGCUGGCGUUCGUUUCCGGGUGGGUGACAUCAUCCAGAUCAUCAGUAAGGAUGAUCAUAACUGGUGGCAGGGCAAACUGGAGAACACCAAGAACGGCACGGCGGGCCUCAUUCCCUCGCCGGAGCUGCAGGAGUGGCGUGUGGCGUGUAUAGCGAUGGAGAAGACCAAGCAGGAGCAGCAGGCCAGCUGUACAUGGUUCAGCAAGAAGAAGAAACAGUAUAAAGACAAAUACUUAGCCAAACACAACGCAGUCUUCGACCAACUAGAUCUGGUGACGUAUGAAGAGGUGGUGAAGCUGCAGGCGUUCAAGAGGAAAACGCUGGUGCUGCUGGGAGCUCACGGCGUCGGCCGAAGACACAUCAAGAACACUCUCAUCGCAAAACAUCCCGACAGAUUCGCGUAUCCCAUCCCACACACCACCAGACCUCCGAAGAAGGACGAGGAGAACGGCAAGAACUACUUCUUCAUGUCACAUGACCAGAUGAUGCUGGACAUCUCCAACAACGAUUAUCUGGAGUACGGCAGCCACGAGGACGCCAUGUACGGCACGCGCCUCGAGACCAUCCGCCAGAUCCACGAGCAGGGCAUGGUGGUCGUUCUCGUUGUGUGUUCUCAGGCGCUGAAGGUUCUGCGGACAGCUGAGUUUGCACCGUAUGUCAUCUUCAUCGCAGCACCGACUAUCACUCCUGCGAUGAACGAGGACGAGUCUCUCCAGCGGCUGCAGAAGGAGUCGGAGGCGCUGCAGCACUCUUACACGCAUUACUUCGACCAGACGAUCAUCAAUAACGAGAUCGACGACACUAUCCGCCUGCUGGAGGAGGCCAUCGAUCUGGUGUCUAGCACUGCGCAGUGGGUGCCGGUGUCCUGGGUGUACUAGCCAUCUCUCUCACACACACACACACACACACACACACACACACACACACGGACUUUACAGCCCAGCCACUACCAGUGCGUAGCGUUGUAUAUAUCUAUAAAUAUAUAAAUAUCUAUAAAUAUGAAUAUAUAAUUCAUAGAUAUGGUCCUGUACUAAUAACAAAUGGGGUUGAUGACAUUUUAUACGGUUUUCUUUUUAAACGUACGAGACGGCGUCUCAGAGCAAUGAUGAGCACAGUCAGUGGAGGGGGAGGAGCCAGCACCCCAUCAGCCCCACCCUGUGGGCGUGGCUAUGUGACUCCGCCCACUGGCCUGCAGUAUAUAAGCACAGCUGACCCUCUCUCUCUCUCUCACACACACACAUGAGCACCGUUUGCAUACACCCCUCUGUUUACAGAUGUAGGUUUGCACAAAGGGCAGCGGAGCCCAGCGCUCUUCCUCGGGCUGCUCCUCCUCUUCCUCUAGAUGUGUGUUGAGAUCCACCUCCGAGCCUCAUGCCCCGUGUAGUGACGUGUUUGUAAAUUGUCCUGGAUUUGAUUUCUUGUGCGGAACGAGGAGGAAAAUAUCCAUUCCUAGAUCGACCAUUUCAGAAAAUGUGCUGUCUUAAGAGUAUUAUUGUUUUACGCCGAGAAAACCGAGAGGAUUUAAUUGUGUGUAAAUGUUUCAAUGGUCUGUACAUUUGCGGUUGAAAUGAAGUAGUGUGUGCAUAAACAACUCGCCGGACUGUGAACUCUUCAUUUCAUAUCGCCCUGUGUAAAUUCCUCUGCAAAUGACAAAACUGCUCUUCGGUAUGUCUGUUUGUUUUUUUAAUCUGUUUCCUUUCAUGUGUUGAAAUAGUAAAUUGCUUUUGAAAUCA